CAAUGCACAGUGAGCCUUUGCGACAGUAGAAGAAGAAAAAGAAGAGGAAGAUGAUGUAAGGAACAGGGCUUUUCGCACACCGGCAGCGGUCAACAGCUAUAACAGCCCACCAUGGCCGACAAAGCGCAGACACGAUUAGAGAUAAAAACACAAGGAGAGGUUGUCAGGAAACUAAAGGCAGAAAAGGCUAGCAAAGAACAGAUCGAUGAGGAGGUCGCCAAACUCCUGGAGCUCAAGGCCCAGCUGGGGGAGGAUGAGGGAAAACAGGGCUUCGUGCUCAAGACCGCCAAGGGCACGAGGGACUACAACCCAAAGCAGAUGGCCAUCCGUGAGAGAGUCUUCAACGCCAUCGUGGGCUCCUUCAAACGCCACGGCGCCGAGACCAUCGACACGCCCGUCUUUGAGCUGAAGGAAACCUUAAUGGGGAAGUAUGGGGAAGACUCCAAGCUCAUCUACGACCUAAAGGACCAGGGAGGAGAGCUGCUGUCGCUGCGUUAUGAUCUCACCGUGCCAUUUGCUAGAUACCUGGCCAUGAACAAGAUCACCAACAUCAAGCGCUACCACAUCGCCAAGGUGUACCGGCGAGACAACCCCGCCAUGACCCGCGGCCGCUACAGGGAGUUCUAUCAGUGCGAUUUCGACAUCGCCGGACAGUACGACCCCAUGAUCCCGGACGCGGAGUGUCUGAAGAUCGUCCACGAGAUCCUGAGCGAGCUGGACCUCGGCGACUUCCGGAUCAAGGUCAAUGACAGGCGCAUUCUGGACGGAAUGUUUGCCGUGUGUGGAGUUCCGGAUGAAAAGUUCCGUGCCAUAUGUUCCACGGUGGACAAGCUGGACAAGGUGCCCUGGGAGGAUGUGAAGAAUGAGAUGGUGAAUGAGAAGGGUCUGGCCCCCGAGGCAGCCGACCGCAUCGGGGAGUACGUCAGCCUGCAGGGCGGAGCGGACCUGGCCCAGAAGCUGCUGCAGGACCCAAAGCUGUCCCAGAACAAGCAGGCCUGCGCCGGGCUGUCGGACAUGAAGCUGCUCUUCACCUACCUGGAGCUCUUCAGGGUCACGGACAAGGUGGUGUUUGACCUCAGUCUGGCCCGCGGCCUGGACUACUACACGGGGGCGAUCUACGAGGCGGUGCUGAUCCCGUCGGGCCCCGCCCCGACCCCCCCGCAGGACGGCGCCACGGGCGAGGAGGCGGUCAACGUGGGCAGCGUGGCGGGAGGGGGUCGCUACGACGACCUGGUGGGCAUGUUCGACCCCAAGGGCCGGAAAGUGCCCUGCGUGGGCGUGAGCAUCGGCAUCGAGAGGGUCUUCUCCAUCAUGGAGCAGAAGGCCGAGGCCUCAGCGGAGAAGGUGCGCACCACAGAAACGCAGGUCAUGGUGGCGUCGGCGCAGAAGAACCUUCUGGAAGAGCGCCUGAAGCUGACCGCUGAGCUGUGGGACGCCGGCAUCAAGGCGGAGGUGAUGUACAAGAAGAGCCCCAAACUACUGAGCCAGCUGCAGCACUGCGAGGACACGGGGAUCCCCCUGGUCGCCAUCCUCGGGGAGCAGGAGCUGAAGGGCGGGAUGGUGAAGCUGAGGACCGUGGCCACCAGAGAGGAGGUGGACGUGUCGAGGGCGGAGCUUGUGGACGAAAUCAAGAAGCGAACCCUCCAGUAGCGGAGCGAUGACGAACGGGUGGCCGCCCGUUACCAAGGAGACGCCAGGCCCCUCAGCAUAUCAGCAUAUCGCCAAGAAUAAUGGAUCUAUCUGUAUGCUAAUGGCUAAGCCGUGACUCUCGCCUGUAUCCGCACAGAGAAAGCGGUCACUAUUCAUCAUGAUUCCUCCAUUCCGGCUCUGUUGAGCCACGUCGUCAUGGUGCACCCUGUAUAAUGGAAACCUUGCUUGCUUCCUGUCGAUUCACACAAAUAAAAUUGCUUGUCAUGUUUAAGGUC